AUCACAACAAAGAGCAAGAAAUAGCCGAGGAUUAGCCUGACUAGACAAACAGACAGACUCUGGACAAGAUAAGUAUUCAUUCCUUGCACUGUUCAGCAACAGUCAGACUGCACAAGAUGGCGACAACAACCCAGCCAGACAUCCCCGUGCAGAUAACUGUACCCAACGACACAAACCCGACCAGCGGUACACCACUGUUGAGGGCGGAGCGGCGCAUCACCCCGUCCUGGACCAUCUCACAACUGAAAACCAAACUCGAGCCUGUGACCGGAAUCCCCGCAUCAGCCCAGUCCCUGAGGACAAGGGGCCUUGAUGGGUCAUGGAUCUCUCUGUCCGACGAGAGUUUCGUUGGCGAUCCAAGGAAUGGUCUUCACCGCGGCUCGGAGAUUGAAAUCCUGGACAGUCGACCCGUAGCAGCACGGCAGACAAUCAAUUUCAACGAUCUGAGUUCCGUCGAGAAGUACCAGAUGCCUGAGACCCAGUACGAGAAGCUGGAGGAUUCUGUUCUGGCAUGGAAGCGCCGCCAGGGUCUGGGCAGGUUCGAUCCACAUGCUAAGGACGCACAGAGUCUCGCCGAGGAGAGGUUCAAGCAUGAUAGUGCUGAGAUUGAGCGGCGGCAGAUCAAAGUCUCCAUGCGGUGCCGUGUAGGCCGCGAUGAUGGAAGACGAGGCACCGUGCGAUAUGUUGGCGAGAUCCCUGGCUUGGGAGGCGUCAAGGAAGCGGGGUGUGUGUGGGUGGGUGUUGAACUGGAUGAGCCAGUUGGUCGAAAUGAUGGGAGCGUGGUCGUUGAAGAAGAGGAUGGAACAGAAACAAAGAAGAGGGUGUUUACCUGUGGGGAGAAGUUCGGUGUUUUUGCAAGGCCAGAGAAGGUUGAGGUUGGCGAGUGGCCGGUGCUGGAUGAUCUGAUCGAUGAGGAUAUGGAGGAGGUCUGAGGAACGGCAUAACCUCCGUCCACAUGAUCAAGUCAACGAAGACUCCCAGGAUCUGGUGAUCCUGGAGGCGCCGCGAACAGACUUGAGUGUUGGCGUGACACGUAUGGAAGCAGCAUGUCAGAGAUCAAAGGCCAUGCCCUGGCCCACGACGGAACUGGAUGAACGUGGUCCCAGAUACACGCGAGACGCGAAAGUGCGGGACACGCAUCUGCCUUCGGCCACACGCUACCGACGGGCAAGACGAUCAGGAAGGGUGCAUCUUAAGAAUGAAAGCAUGCGAAGUAGAUCACGAUCAUGCAGAAUCUGCACUGCUAUGCGAGCAAGACCAUGAAACGAAAGUGGGAAGACAGUGGGGGAGCUUGGCUCAAACACA